AUGGUUCACAGUAUAUAUUUGCUAUGUUUAGCAAGUGUAGUGACUGCAGUUACACAUAUCGAUGAUUCUGAUGAAAAUAAAGGUAUCAAAAUAUUCGAAUUGAAGAAAAGUUCAUUGGCAUGUCCAAUAAUUGUGGUUGGUGAACAAUGUCCAGAAGAAACGCCACUAUACUAUUAUCGUUGUUGCGGUGAUUUGAAUAGUUCCUGUUGUUUUAGGCUUCAGGAAUGGUUCAUUGCACUUUUGGUGAUAAUGGGUAUUUUGAUCGCCGGAAGUCUGAUCGUUAAUUUCAUCCGUUGUCUUUUCUGUGCACGAUAA